AGAGACGAGAAGAGAGGAGGGAGGCCUCCUCCGCCGCCGCCAUCUUGGACCGGCCCGGUCAGCUUCCGCGGAGCCAUCGGCAGACGCCGCGGCCUCCCUUGAGCCCCGACCCCGUCGUCAGAACAACCCCGGGCCCACUUCCCCCCACCCCACUUCCGCUUCGCGCCGCUAUCGCGAUAGCGCCCGGGCCCGGGGCGCGAGAAAAAGGCGGCGGGCGCUCGCCUCCCCCGCCUGUCGCGAUACGCUCCUCAGCGGCGGCGCCAGCUCCUGUGCAGCGUCCGUCUCCAGGAGAGUAUGAAGAGAGUGCGUCUGUAGGGCAGGGAAGAUGGCGGACAAGCGCAAACUCCAAGGUGAGAUUGAUCGCUGCCUCAAGAAGGUGUCCGAGGGCGUGGAGCAGUUCGAAGACAUUUGGCAGAAGCUCCACAAUGCAGCCAACGCAAACCAGAAAGAGAAGUAUGAGGCUGACCUAAAGAAGGAGAUUAAGAAGCUUCAACGGCUGAGGGACCAGAUCAAGACAUGGGUAGCAUCCAACGAGAUCAAGGACAAGAGGCAGCUCAUAGACAACCGCAAGCUCAUUGAGACGCAAAUGGAACGGUUCAAAGUUGUGGAGCGAGAGACCAAGACCAAAGCCUACAGCAAGGAGGGCCUGGGCCUGGCACAGAAGGUGGACCCCGCCCAGAAGGAGAAAGAGGAGGUUGGCCAGUGGCUCACGAAUACCAUCGACACCCUAAACAUGCAGGUGGACCAGUUUGAGAGUGAAGUGGAGUCCCUGUCGGUGCAGACACGCAAAAAGAAGGGUGACAAGGAUCAGAAGCAGGACCGGAUCGAGGGCCUGAAGCGGCACAUCGAGAAACAUCGCUACCACGUGCGCAUGCUGGAGACCAUCCUGCGCAUGCUGGACAAUGACUCCAUCCUCGUGGAUGCCAUCCGCAAGAUCAAGGACGACGUCGAGUACUAUGUUGACUCGUCCCAGGACCCCGACUUCGAGGAGAACGAGUUUCUCUAUGACGACCUGGACCUCGAGGACAUUCCACAGGCGCUGGUCGCCACCUCCCCCCCCAGCCACAGUCACAUGGAGGAUGAGAUCUUCAACCAGUCCAGCAGCACACCCACCUCCACCACCUCCAGCUCUCCCAUCCCACCCAGCCCGGCCAACUGCACCACAGAAAACUCUGAGGAUGACAAGAAGAGGGGGCGCUCCACGGACAGUGAAGUCAGCCAGUCUCCAGCCAAAAAUGGCUCCAAGCCCGUCCACAGCAGCCAGCACCCUCAAUCCCCAGCUGUGCCGCCCAGCUACCCGUCUGGCCCCCCGCCCGCCGCCUCCGCCCUGAGCACCGCCCCUGGCAACAACGGGGCCUCCACGCCAGCAGCGCCCUCAAGUGCCCUGGGUCCCAAGGCCAGCCCAGCUCCCAGCCACAAUUCAGGCACCCCCGCCCCCUAUGCCCAGGCUGUGGCCCCACCGGCCCCCAGUGGGUCCAGCACCACUCAGCCCCGGCCCCCCAGCGUCCAGCCCGGUGGGGGAGGGGGCGGCGGAGGCAGCAGCAACAGCAGCGGAGGGGCGGGCACCGGCAAGCAGAACGGUGCCACCAGUUACAGCUCGGUGGUGGCAGACAGCCCGGCCGAGGUGGCUCUCGGCAGCAGUGGGGGCAACAGUGCCAGCAGCCAGGCCUUGGGCCCCCCGUCUGGCCCCCACAACCCCCCUCCCAGUACCACGAAGGAACCCAGUGCGGCAGCCCCAACAGGGGCUGGGGGUGUGGCCCCAGGCUCAGGGAACAACACAGGGGGUCCCAGCCUCCUGGUGCCGCUUCCUGUGAACCCCCCCAGUUCUCCGACACCCAGCUUCAGCGAGGCCAAGGCAGCUGGCGCCCUGCUCAACGGACCCCCACAGUUCAGCACUGCCCCGGAGAUCAAGGCUCCCGAGCCUCUGAGCUCUCUCAAGUCCAUGGCAGAGCGGGCAGCCAUCAGCUCCGGCAUCGAGGACCCCGUGCCCGCGCUGCACCUAACCGAGCGAGACAUCAUCUUGAGCAGCACGUCCGCGCCUCCAGCCUCAGCCCAACCACCCCUCCAGCUGUCGGAAGUGAACAUCCCACUGUCACUGGGGGUGUGUCCACUGGGGCCUGUACCCCUCACCAAGGAGCAGCUGUACCAGCAGGCCAUGGAGGAGGCCGCCUGGCAUCACAUGCCCCACCCCUCAGACUCCGAGCGCAUCCGGCAGUACCUCCCUCGGAACCCCUGCCCGACGCCCCCCUACCACCACCAGAUGCCACCCCCACAUUCGGACACCGUGGAGUUCUACCAGCGCCUGUCCACCGAGACCCUCUUCUUCAUCUUCUACUAUCUGGAGGGCACGAAGGCACAGUACCUGGCAGCCAAGGCCCUGAAGAAGCAGUCCUGGCGAUUCCACACCAAGUACAUGAUGUGGUUCCAGAGGCACGAGGAGCCCAAGACCAUCACUGAUGAGUUUGAGCAGGUGAGGGCCCCUCCCUGUGCCCCGCCCUGCCUGCGGGCCGGCCCCCCUCCCACACCCUCACCUGCAGCCAGCUCUGUCCGGGGGGCCCUCACCUCCACCUGGACCACUGUCCUCUUCAUCCUGCCUGCCACUGGCUCGUCACCCCUCAGGGCCCAGCCUAACCGUCUGCCCGGAGGGGAGCCUUUCCCAGCCCCAAGGUCCAUGCCUCUGCCGGGCACCUGCUCAGGCACGGUGGCACGUGUGGCUUCUCCCACCUCUGAGCACAGGUCGCUUCACACAGGGCGCUCGACGGUCAGUCUCCUUCCCCUCCUGUCCCCCCACACCGGGCAGAGCGGGGGGCUCACUAGCAAACACGGAUGGGGAAACCAUUUUAUUUAACGACUUUCCUAUGUUCUGAUAACUGGAAACCCCCACUUGCACACCACUGGGGCCAGACUACAUGGUUCUAGCUAGGUGGCCUUGGGCAAGUCAUUUGAACCAGUCUCCAUUUCCUUACCUGUAAAAAUGGGGUUAACACACCCACGUUACACAGUUGUUACAAGGAUUAAAUGAGUUAAUGACCUGUACCUAAUGGUGCCUGCUCCCUAGUAAGUAUCCCUGGUGUACUUUGUUUCAAAUAACUUAAAGGCCAUGUUCCAGUGCUUUCUUCCAAAUCUUUGCCUGAUGCCAAGUAUUGACAGGGUCCUUGUCCUCAGAACUCGGUUCCCCUCCCCCCCCCCCCCCCCGGUUCUUUCAGGUUCUUUGAGCAGUUCAGACCUUCAUUCAGAACCAGUCCCCCGCUUCCCCCACCCCCCACCCCCAACUGCGUCUCUGACACUGACCAGACUUACUGUCCCAUCCUGGUUUGGUCCCAAGUAACCUUCCAAGUACCUUUCAAGGCAUCGAUCCUUCAGCAAUACCCACCCCAGCACUGUCACCAAUAAAACGUCUGUCCCGACGGCGUGCCUGGAUGUGGACUCAGCCUGUUCCAUUCUCUAGGAUGGGGGAAUGGUCGCAGGGUUUUGCGAAGACUAGAGGCUAGGCCAGACUUCGAGCACCAAGCACCAGCUCAGUGCUCAAGCUGCAGCCGUCGUGAGAAGUCCUAGUUCACUUUGUAAACGAGGCCGAGCCUCUAGGGCACGUCCUCUCUGUGCCUCCAUUUCUUCUAAAGUGGGCAGGAUGACCUUUCCUGCCCAAGAAGAGGUUGGUGAGGGUGGAGGGAGUCAGCUGGUGCAUGCAGGGCCCUGGGCCCCGUGCCUGGCCCCUCCUUGGCCCUGAGAUCUGUCCCCUAGGUCUGUCGGUCCAACCCAGGUCCCCAGCCACCUCUGCGUCCACUCACUGACCACCUUCUCCCCUGGCCAGGGCACCUACAUCUACUUUGACUACGAGAAGUGGGGCCAGCGGAAGAAGGAAGGCUUCACCUUUGAGUACCGCUACCUGGAGGACCGGGACCUCCAGUGACACCGGCCCCCCCUCCACCCUCCCCUCCCCCCCGCAUGCUGAUCCCCCUGCCCAGGUGAGGGCCUUGCCCUGGGAGACUGGGGGAGGCCCCAGGCCAUGAGGCAGCCCUCAUCCCCAGGAAGCAGCCCCACCCUGGGGGCCCGGGGGCGAGGGCUGCCCCCUCCUCCCCUCCCCAGUGAGGGACAUUUUUUGGUAAACCUAUUUUCAUUUUGGAAAAUAUUUAUGAAUAAAUAGUUUUAUAUGA